ACACUCCCCACUACAACACUGCACUACAGUGUCACUGAACCUUUAUAUGACAAGAUCAAAAAGCCAUGGGCACCACACAUCACACUCUUCUUCAAAUCCUCUGAAUCAUUCCAUUGAAUCUGUUUAGGUUUUUCAUUUCUUUAUCAUUGAUCCAGGUCCAUUCCAUCCACCUUUAUCUUAUCUCAAUUUGCUUUUUGCUUUUUUUGUGUUGAUGGGUGCGGUUGAGACGGCGGUGCCGGUGUUGUCUCUGAAUUCUCUGCCGACUGGGUUCCGAUUCCGGCCAUCGGAUGAGGAGAUCAUCGAUUUCUACCUCCGGCAGAAGAUCAACGGUAAUGGUGAUGAGGUUUGGGUUAUCCGUGAGAUUGAUGUCUGCAAAUGGGAGCCUUGGGAUUUGCCCGAUUUGUCAGUGAUAAGGAACAAGGACCCAGAAUGGUUCUUCUUCUGUCCACAGGACAGGAAGUAUCCGAACGGGAAUCGAUUGAACCGAGCAACGAUACUUGGGUAUUGGAAGGCAACGGGCAAGGAUCGUAAAAUUAAGUCUGGGUCCAGCUUGAUUGGAAUGAAGAAGACUUUGGUAUUCUAUCAUGGUCGUGCACCCAAAGGGAAGAGGACCAAUUGGGUGAUGCAUGAGUACCGGCCCACCCUGCAGGAGCUUGAUGGCACCAAUCCUGGACAGAAUCCAUAUGUCAUUUGUCGAUUAUUUAAGAAACAAGAUGAGAGCAUUGAAGUUUCAAUCAGUGGUGAAGCAGAGCAGACAGCUUCAACUCCUAUGGCUGCCAAGUAUUCUCCUGAAGAAGUACAAUCCGAUACUCCUCUACCUCUUGUUGCUGUAUCCUCGUCACUGCUUACAGAAGAUGAUAAGCACCAGGCAAUUAUCCCUGAGACCUCUGAGGAAACAACAUCCAACAUUAUAACCCCGGUUGAUCGCAAUAGUGACAGAUAUGAUGCUCAAAAUGCCCAACCUCAGAAUGUAAAACUAGCUGCAGAGGAGAAUCAGCCGUUGAACUUGGACAUGUAUAAUGAUCUAAAAAAUGAUAUAUUUGAUGACAAAUUAUUCUCCCCGGCACUUGUGCAUCUUCCACCAGUAUUUGAUUAUCAAGCAAGCAAUGAACCAGAUGACCGAAGUGGCCUUCAAUAUGGUACAAAUGAGACGGCUAUUUCAGACCUUUUUGAUUCACUUACCUGGGAUCAACUCUCCUAUGAGGAGUCUGGAAGUCAACCAAUGAAUUUCCCCUUGUUUAAUGUUAAGGACAGUGGAUCGGGUAGUGACUCAGAUUUCGAAAUAACCAAUAUGCCUUCUAUGCAAAUUCCGUAUCCUGAGGAGGCAAUUGACAUGAAGAUUCCUUUGGGGACAGCGCCAGAGUUUUUCAGCCCCGUUGGCGUCCCCUUUGACCAUAGUGGCGAUGAGCAGAAGAGCAAUGUUGGGUUAUUUCAAAAUCAAAAUGCUGCCCAGAUGACCUUUUCAUCCGAUGUUAGUAUGGGCCAAGUGUACAACGUUGUGAAUGAUUAUGAGCAACCGAGAAAUUGGAAUGUAGCUACUGGUGGUGAUACUGGAAUCAUAAUAAGGGCUCGACAAGCGCAAAAUGAACUUGUGAACACAAACAUAAAUCAAGGUUCUGCAAAUAGGAGAAUCCGUUUGUUAAAGAGCGCACACGGCUCAAGUCGGGUGGUGAAAGGUGGGAGACGUGCACAAGAAGAUCGUAAUUCAAAACCAAUCACUGCAGUGGAGAAGAAAGCUUCAGAAAGUCUUGCUGCUGAUGAAGAUGAUACUCUUACUAAUCAUGUGAAAGCAAUGCCAAAGACACCUAAGUCAACAAACAAUAGAAAGAUUUAUCAAAGAGGUUCAAAUGCAGGUUCCUCCACCAAGGUGUUGAAAGACUUGUUACUGCUCAGAAGGGUGCCUUGCAUAUCAAAAGCUUCUUCCAAUCGCGCUAUGUGGUCUUCUGUUUUUGUAGUUUCUGCCUUUGUGAUGGUCUCAGUAAUGGUCUUUAGUCUUUACUAACAUUUGGGGAUGUUUUAGAUUUUGAACUUCUAGCCUAGGAGAUCAUUACUUUUUUAUUUUGGAGUCAAUUGAGGAGAGGCAUGUAGGGUUGGGACUUGCUUAGAUUUUGUUGAUAACUCAGAUAUAUGUGUGUGCAUAUCUAGUUGGUGUAUAAUAUAUAGCCUCACCUGGUUGGCUAGUCUGUAGACUCUGUUGCUUUACAUGAGAUGUUCAGUUUCACCGUUUUGA